AUGGCGGAAAUAAUGGCUUUGAGAACUUUGUUGCCGCUCAUAUGGAGUGCUCCAGUCAAUUUGUUGUACAUACUACUCAUUAAUUGCUUUCUCUGCCAUUACUUAGUGUGGUCUGUGUUAAAGUUUUCUCUUGUUAACAUUGAAUGUGAGGUUCUUGAGAUUCCAACUUUCAGUAGCUUACCAACAAUCUGUUGUCUACUGAUCACGAUGCUGGGCUUUGGUCAUUGGAAAAAACACUUGACUUCACUAACAUGCUUUCUUGGUGUGCCUACUUUGUGGCUGUGCUCCAGAUAUAAACCGAAAAAACAUCUUGAAGUCCUUUGGAAUUCAUUCAUGGAGGCGUGCAUUGCUAUUUUGCUAAACAUAUUCCCUGUAUUGAAUUAUGCUGUAUAUUAUUACUUUAAUGACGGGUCAUUCCUUAAAUUCAUGAUCGAGAUUCUUCUGCUUACACCUAAGGAUACUUUAAAUAAACAGAUUUCCCGUAUGGUUCUUCCUUUGUUCACUGGGAUUAUUUUAUUGAAUAUGCACACAGAAUUUUUUGACACUUUGAGCAAUACACUCAGCUAUUUGCCCAUAUUCACUGUGCAUUUUCUAGUCUUUUUAAUCAUAGUUUCAGUUACAUUGCUUAGAUACUAUCACCAAACAAUGAAAACAGAACUAUUUCUGAAGUUCAUGUCAACAAUACUAUGUGUUAUGAUCAUUGGACUGUAUUGGAAUAACCUUUCUAAUGUGUUCAGAAUUUCUCGGCAGCCUUUCUGGAAGAAGAGAUCCAUAAAUCAUUUGUUUUGGAGUGGAAUUGUUUGUCUGAUAUUUUCGGUACUUACAAUGUUUGCUUAUGAAUUUGGGAAUCAAGAAAUAUUUGAUAUAAUCUUUGGCGUUUCUUUAUGCAUUCUACAUUAUUCCGAAUGGUGUUUAUAUAUGACCACUUAUAUUUCUGAAUCCUGGCUGUACAAUUCUUGCAUAAUCACUGUUGUGUCAGUAUUACUGGCAGCUGCAUCUACAAACCGAAGACGUUUCAUGAAUAAUUCCGUUUUAAAUCGGAGUUUUCCAGUGAAAAUUUUCAGUUGGAACGUUUUUGCUCCUUGUUGUUUAGUUCCAGCCAUCUUAAAACUUCUUUUACUGUGGAUAAAUGAAUAUGUCAAUAAUUCUACUCACCAUAACACAUUAAAUCAUCGUGUACAUUAUAAUAAAGAUUUUGUUGUGGGUUUAUAUCUGCUACUUUUGGGAUUGUUUUGCAGCGAAAGGAUUUAUCAGCUUGGAAAACGAGUAGUUAGAUGCCUUUUGGAUUUUUAUCCAUUUUUCUCACCGAGUCGUAUUGUGAUUGAACCAUUAAUGAUGGUGGGGUAUUUUUGUACCGCUAUCACUUUAGUCUGGUCCCAAGUGAUGUUACUUUCUAACGUGGAUACUGAUCUAUUUCUUACUUCAAAUAUUUAUAUUCUUAUUCAGUUUUCUAUUUCAUGUCUGGUGACCAGUUUAGCUUUAAUUCUACCAUCUGCAUUGAAUUUAAAUCUAAUAAGCUGUGAAACGUCUGGUUAUUCUCGUAAUUUUGCCAAAUUGCUUGAUCUUAAUUUGUCUGAGGCUGUUGUCUACGUCGUAACUAUUCCUACUUGUAUAUUAUGCAUAAUUUGGAUGAUAUGUUUAUUCUCUUAUGCAACAUUGGAAUCAUAUUCUAUUAGUGUAUUUAUGUAUGCACUUCAGAAUGUAAUUUAUCCUGGUUUAUUCAUUUUGUCUGUUUCAUUCACCUCUAUGAUAUCAGUAAAUUUAUUUCCUCCCAACUUGACUGUAUUUUUGCUUUUCUCAAUUUUUGUAUCGUGUGUGGUUUGUUUUGUAAUUUGGGAUAUUAACGAUAGUUUUAUAACUGAUCGAAUUCAGUGUACGUUUACUAACUGCGAAUCUGGUAUGAUAAUGACUAUGUUCGAAAAAGACGACAGUAGAGGUUCAUUGAAGAAAUCAUCGAAGAAAUUCUCAUCCGUUUCAUUGAAUAAUUCAAGACAUAGUCAUGUAGCUGUAUGCGAUUCAUUUUUUGAAUUACUUAUAAGAUUAAUUUUGUUAAUUUGUUCAUUAGUUAGUUUACUAAUUUUAUUAGUAUAUCUUGUUCAUCAUUUGGAAGUAUCUGUGACUGAUAUUAUUUGUCAGUUGUAUACAAUAUUCGCAUUGAAAAUAUUUUGUAUUGCACAAAUCUCCGUUGGAUACCCUCAAAGAUGGCUCUGUGACAAGGUUCGAUGUCGGUCUGCUCGACUCAUUGACAAUGAUUCCAACUAUGUUUUACGAUUUAUUCUAAUAUCUAUAGUCAACGUUUGCAUUAUAUUAUCAGUUAUCCUACGUUAUCACUUCUGUCCAAGUUUGUCUACGGAAAUAGAAAUAUUCUUUCUUCCAUGGAUCAUCUUCACUUUUCAUGGUAAACAACUUCAUCGAUAUCGUCAUGUUUUAGCAUUAACCUGUUUCACUAUUCUUUUGUUGUACAUGGUGUUUAUUCAUUCACCAAUUGUUAAAGGUUAUGCACCAUCUUUGCCAACGUUUGAUCGUCAAUUUUUCGGUAGAACAAAUUCACCAUUGUAUUAUUGGAGUGAAUUUUUAUUAACUAUUGCAUUAUGUCCAUUGCAUUUAUUAUUUCUUGCAGAUCAAUCAAAUAUAACUACACAAGCUCUAGCUGAUAUACUUUUCUUAAAUCAAUUCAGUCAAUCCCAUACACAUAAACAACAUUCAACUACAUUAUUAUCAUCAAUUCUAUGCUUUAAAUGUUUGAAAUUUCAGAUAGCAUAUACUUUGAGUUAUAUCUUUUCAUGCAUUUUGUAUACAGCUUAUGGUUUAUUACCAUUCUGUAUAAGUUAUUGGUUUGUAGCCAGUUCGUUGGCAUCGGCUAUUUUUGGUAUACUAAUGGGAUUCUUUUCAGUUCAUAAUCAUGGACAUACAAUAAAAUCACUUUUCAUUCAGUCAUUUUUUCCAUUCUUUGAAAUAUACAAUGAAAUACCAUUAAAACCUAUUGAAUCUAAGCAUAAUUCUGAUUCACUACAUGUACUAACAUCAUUAAAAGAAUUUUGGAGUGUUAUUUUCACAAAUCCUACGUCAAUAUGGUCACAAAUUCGUCUUUGGUGGUAUAAUUGUUUCCCUUCAACUACAUCAUCAGUUAGAUAUACAAAUAAAUUAUCAGCUGAUUUACAGCCAAAAUUUAAGUUCAAUGUUGAUGCUGUUAAAAUUAUUCAAGUCAUCAUAUCUCUAGUUGGACUUGGUAUUAGUAUACGAUUAUUGUUUUAUUUAAUUGAACAAGUUAAUCCAACUAUGAAAGAAAAACGUCAAUGUCGAAAACGUGCGCAAGAAAUUUUCAAAGCUAUUGGGUUGAAAAAUGUACCGAAAUUAAAUGACUAUGAAGUAUGCGUCGCUGUAAAUUUAGUUGAUCCACAAGUUUUAAACACAACGUGGAAUUCUAUUGGAGGUUUGGACUCUAUUAUCCACGAAAUUAAAUAUGGUGUACUUGAACCGUUACGAGCAAAACGAUUAUUAUCAAUAAAUUCAAGAUUAUUACAGCCGCCUAAAGGUGUAUUACUUUAUGGACCGCCUGGUUGUGGUAAAACACUACUUGCUCGUGCUAUGGCACAUGCUGCACAUGCUAGUUUUUUGAAUCUUCAAAUAAGCACUCUUGUGAAUAUGUGGUAUGGUGAAACACAAAAGUAUGUAGAAGCUACAUUUAGUCUUGCUGAGAAAAUUCAGCCAACUAUUAUUUUUAUAGAUGAAUUAGAUUCUUUUUUAACUACACGUUCUCAUUUGGAUAACGAAGCGACACGUAUGAUGAAAACUCAAUUUAUGUCUUUAUGGGAUGGAUUAAUAACAAAUAAUAAUACUCAAAUAGUAGUUGUAGGCGCAACAAAUAGACCUGGAGAUUUAGAUCAAGCUAUAUUACGUCGUUUAUCUUUUAAGAUAAAUGUUCCACUUCCUAACGUAAAUCAAAGAAAGCAUAUCUUAAAAGUACUUCUUAAGGAUGACCCAGUUGCUAAAGCUCUCGAUGAAGAUGAUUUCAUGCAGAUCGCUAGUAAAACUGAAGGACUUUCUGGAAGUGAUCUGUCUGAACUAUGUCGUAAAGCAGCAUUUGCAUGUUUAUGGUCUUUUCUUGAAGGUGAUGAUACGCGAGCUAGUUUACUAGUAACUGUAGACCACUUUACACAAGCUUUGGAUAAAUAUAUGAACGAUAAAAUUAAACUUUCACCUUUGGAUAAUACAAACUUCUUUCCUUUGGACUGA